AUGCUGAGUGACGUUGUAGGAUGUGACGACACCGCACUUUCGGAUCGUGCCGCGAAGAUACAAGAUCCACAUGACACUAAUUCCACAAAGAAAGCAAGUCACUUUCUUAUGAAGCACCACACCAAUGAAAUAAAGACUAAGACGACUCAAGAGAUAGUCAGUGAGAUGGAGGCUACCAAAGAGAUGGCAAACCUCCAACUGCUACCGGAUCGCUUGGCUGCUGCCGAUGCCAUGGUGAAUAGUCUUCAGAAGGCACUUCGCGCGAUGAACAACCCUGACACGCUGAAGUUUAUGAGUUCCGUCAAGUCGCCAAUGGCUUUAAACACUGUGCUUUUGCGUCAGAUGUAUACCAAGCUUGUUGCCCGCAAAUGA